AUGGAUUAUAGGCCUGUGCUGCUGUGUCGGGGCAAAGCUUUCAACGAUUUCACUGGACCAGACUGUCGGUUUCUGUCAUUUAAAAAAGGAGAGACUAUAUAUGUCUACUAUAAACUCUCAGGCCAAAGGACAAAUAUAUGUGCAGGGAGUGACCAACUCGUAAUCAAUCACAUAUACACUGAAAAAGAAUUGGAGAUUCCUGCUGAGGAAACCGACAUUGUUUGCUUUGACACUGGACACGAUAAGUUUGACAGUUAUGACAUUGAUUCACUGUUAGGUUCCUCUUUAUUGUUAACAGACAAGGAGGAAUCUGUGCAAGUAACCACAGAGACUUUGUACCUAAACAAAAGUGCUGAGAGCACCACGGUGGAAGUGGAUGAGCCUCCACCUGAAGUGACACUGUUAGAAAAUGAUGAGAUUGAUAGGGAUGUACCUGAGGACAUUGAUAAGGUUGUAGAGGUUCCAGAUAAUGAUGAUCUGAGACAUUUUGAGGCUUUAGAGUCCUCUCUGCCUCAGCCUGAAACUCUUGACACAAAGGGAGUGGAAUCUAACACUGUACUUGAGACCACAGCUGAGAGGAUCAAAGAUUACCUUCAGAAAGAUCAGCAGAGGACAGAGGACUCUGUGCCGUACAGUGUUGUUGAACCAGAGGAAGGUGAGAUCAAAGAAACCCCCUCAGAACCUGAAUCCAAAGAUGAUCCUGAGUUAGAAAAUGCACCUGAUGGUUUUUCAGAAGGCAGACCUAUUCCUGAGUUAAACACCACACUAGGAAUAACUUUUGAUGCUGUCACUUCCAAUGAUAAGGACACUUGGAAGGUGACUCCAUAUGACGAGGAAAGUGACAAGACUGAAUAUCAGCAGGAUGAGGAAAGUGAUCAUCAUCUCAGGGAAACUCCAUUGCUGGCUUUUCCUGAAGAAAGUUCUAAUUUGGAACACGAGAACAUUCCGGAAUCUGAUCAGACAGAUGAGGAAGACAGUCUAUCAGAGGUACCUCAUACACAGAAACAGGACUCCAAGGACAAUAACCUGUGGUCUGCAUUUGGUGAUACCGUUUUUAACAUUGUCAGUGGUGGGGAAAGAAUAGCUUAUGUUGCCGGUUCAGAGGAAGAUGACGAGGAGGAUGAUGACGAAGGUGAGAUUACACCAGAGGAGCCUCCCAAAAUUGAAGAACCCAAGGAGUCAUUUGGCUGUUCUACUUCCUCUGAGCUAAUCUUUGAGGAACCUGGGCACUCUAAUUUCAGUGAGGAUGCUGUCAAAGUACCUGAUGAGGAUUCUCAGACGUUGAAGUUUGAGGAUGAAUCUGAAGAAGGUGACAUCGAACCUUCAACACCUCCUGCUGAUGAGGCGAGUCCCUUUGAACACACUGAGGCUUUAGCAGAGAAUCUCACAGAAGAUGACAGCCCAGUCCCUAAACAGCUCUCACAGACAGACAUGCUCUCAGACUUUGAUAGUAAAAUGAACGAAUCAGAGCAGAAACAAGCUGUUGAAGAACUCCCCAUACAAAAGGAGGAGUCAAUAGAUUUCUCACAAGUAGAGAAUACAUUUAAACAGGGUGGUACAGAGCUUUUCAGACUAUUUCGAGAACCAUACCAGAAGGUCCCAGAUCCAAGUAAAAACACAAUGGUGAAAGAGAGCCAUCAAGAACUCCCCAUAGAGGAGGAGGAUUCAAUACACCUAGAGGGGGAAGAGAUUGAGGAAGAGUUACUAGAGGAUGAAAAUGCAGUAUUGUCUUCAUCCAAAACUGAGCACACUGAUGAAAAUGACACAGAAAGUCUAUCUGAAUUUGGGUCAGAGCAACCCAAUAAUUAUACACAAACCGAUGUUGUAUCCAGUGAUGUGUUGGAUGUGGUCCAACACGACGAGGCUAUUGACAUAGAACCUGAGGUGCAUGAGACUGAAAAUGAUGCUGAAAGCCACACGCCCUCACUUAAAGAUAAAGUUCUGGAUCCCCUUCCAAACAAAGAGGCGGAAUACAGUAACAAUGUGUUGAGGCUGAGACUAUUGCGAGACCGCUGCAAGGAGGAGGAUAUGGAGCGCCUCCAAAAGAUUCUAGGUCCUCAGAACCUCUUUAGGUUGGAGUUCCUUUUUGACCUGGAGCUGAAGGCUGCCCGGCGGUCCCAGACAAACGUCAGUGAGGACAUUGAAACGGUGCUGGAAGCCAUUUUGGAAGCCUCUGAAACCCCAAUCCUGGAUGAGAUUGAGAGGAUGCUGGAUGCCCAUGAGAACGCUGACCUGCAGCAGGAGGCUGGUGAGUUUCUUGAGGAAGCUUCCAUCUUGGACGACUUCCAGGAAUUGGUGUUCACCCUGCGUCAGAAGUACUCAACGGCCAGAAACAGUGCUCCCAUGGCAGUGGGCAGUCAACUACACCCUGACACAGAUGGGAAUAUGUCUGAAAAUACCUUGGACAUGGGACUUAGCGUAGACAUGGAUCACCCUCCCUCAGGAUCUCUGGAGUCACCUCCUGUCACUGAUUUCCAUGAAGAUGAGCAGAGUGGUUCAUCAUUCGUAUCAGUGCUAAUUUUAUCUGGUCGUCUCGUCACCCUGUUUUAUGAGUAUCUUGGAAUAUAUGGUGUUAUGAUGGUCACCAGCCUGCCAGAGCACUGGAAGCCAGGUCCAGACUUCUACGGCGUGUCCUGUGAACCCGUGCUGGUCACUGCAGGUGCCGGGGUCAUCGGCUUCCUCUUCUGGAGGAGCAUUCUAUCUGUCAAAAGCAAGUCAUAUCUAAAAAUGGUGGACAGGAUGAAAAAGCUUGAACAAGAGAAGAAGGAGAUACUCCAAAAGGUCGCUGAACUGCAGCAACAGGGCGAAGAACUUAAAGAAAAGCAAAAGCUGUCUGAAAAAUCUGCCACUUUAUCUCUGGAGAAGAUCCAGGAAUUGGAGAAUAUUGUGCAAGAGAUGGAGAGACAAAAUGAGCGCCUGGACGAGGAAAAUAACUUACACGCCAUAUCCUUUGACAAAGAGCGGGCCAAUACUGCGAAACAUGAAGAUAUGAUGUCCGAAAUGGACAAAACCAUUGAGAAGUUGAAGCGCAGCAAGAAGAAGACCCAGGAUGCACUGUCGAAGUCUACCAUUCUGAUGGAUGAAGCCAAACUCCGCGAAGAUGCCCGGAAUGUCCAGGUCCAGGUUCUGGAGAAGGAUAUUGCCACCCUGAAGGAGGAGAACCUCUCGCUGCACCAUGCUGCCAAGUUGUGGGAGGAGAAGCACAGGGAGACAAGCGAGCAGAUCAAAGUCUACCAGAAGUCCCAGAAAGACCUGGAGGAUUCCCUCCUUCAGAAGGACCACAACGUUCUAUCUGACCUGCUAGGAGACCUGGAGGCCUGCGAUGACCUGAAAGGUGGAGUUGUUGCUAACGGGGUAGCCUCUAACAACAAGCAGACCAUCAUCCAAAACCGCCAUAAGCAAAUGAUGGAUGUCUCUCGGGUCCAGACCACUCUGUCUGUUGUGGAGGAAGAGCGCGAUCGCUUCAUGACCAAGCUGCUGAACGAAGAGAAGUCCAGGAAAGAGCUGGAAGAGCAAUUUCAGAAGCUGGAGCAUGAUAUCUUGUUGGUGAAAAGUGACAAGAACCACCUGGAGAACCAGUACAAGACCCUGCAGCAGAAGAAUGACAUCAUGACAGAGAUGUACCAGCAGAAGGAGAACGCUUUGCAGCAGAAGCUGACCAAGGAGGAGUUUGAGCGCCCCAACAAGGAAGACCGGCUGACGGAGAUGGACGGCAAGGCCCAAGAGGAGGAGGUCAAGGUGUGUAGGCAGCGCGUUAAGGAGAUCCAGGACGAGCUGAAAUGGACCGAGAAGUUCUACAAAGCUCAGAUCAUUGAGCAGGAGCAGAAAUCUCACGAGAACUGGGUGAUUGCACGCGCCGCAGAGCGAGCUCUAAUCGACGAGAAGAAGGAAAGAACUAACAUUCGUAACUUACUGACUGACAUGUCCAGCAAGCUGAAGGAGCUCUGUAGGCCUCUGUUCAAGCCCACCCCUGGGAUGGCUCCCAUGCCUCUCCGACGAGGUGAUUCGUACAGGCCCUCACCUGUGAGAAGUUCACGGGUGCCCCCCCCUCCCCCUGUGGGGCGAAGGAACAAGCCCUACCGACCACGACCUCACUCUGACCCUCACGGCCGCCGUUACUCUCCGUACCACAAACACCCAGUGGCUGCUAGACCUGACACCAUGGCCCCACGUACAUCCUCACCAAGCAAUCUGGGCAGCUCGAACUCUCGACCUCAGGGUCCUGGCUCCCUGCUGGUCUCUCCCAUCAGCUCCCCCCUCGACUCAAGCCUCAGACCAGUCAUCAGCCAUCCCUCCGGACACUGCCACCGUCCCCUUCCCGGACCACACCACAUCCCUCCUCCCCCACCCUUCAUGCCUCCCGUGUACCGACCAGACAACGGACACUCAGGCAUGAUGCCUCCUGGACCCCCACCGCCUAACGGACACCCGCCUGGUCCAAUGAUACCACCCGGACAUCGGCCUCCACCUCCUGGUGCUUACGGUCCCUCUUCCCCACACAACCGGUACCUUCCUCCACCUCCUCACUAUGGACCGGUGCCUCCUCCAUUCGGACCCCCACAUACCUACGUGCACUAUGGACCACUUGAUCACUUCAUCCCACUCCGACACCUGCCCCCUGGGGUGGCCCCAUUCCCUCCUCAUGUCGGCCCCAAAGACUUCCCUGUGCAGCCACAGGUCCCACAUGGCCAUGACUCUUCAGUGGGCCCCCAGCCCGACGCUGGCCCCCAGGGCCAGGGGCAAGACUACAGCUCCCAGCAGGCAACAGCUGCCCCCCAGGACUCAGUCAGCUCUGCCAUGGCAGAGCCUUAGACACCUACCAACCGUUAACGACCUGGCUACAUUUAAUCAACCACGAUUCAUCUCUUUAUUUUUUCCUUUUUGUUUUUAAUAGGCUGAAAAUAAAUAUCAUAUGAUAUACUUGCAAACAACAGAAGUAUCUAAAAAGUUAGUGUUCCUAUUAAAGCAUCAGAAAAUCAAUGUCUUAUGUUUCGUGUCUGAAAUGUAAUAAUGACUUGAAGAGGAGUAGAACUGAGGCUUGUUACUCUGCAAGUCCUAUUGUGCAAUAACAUUUCUAUUGUAUGACUGAGGAUUUAAGUUUUUCAAAGGGUAUUAUGUUGAUUUUGUAUUAAUUUCACAAUGUUAUCAUGGUUUCCUGUGGAAAUUAUUCAAAAUAAAUGGACCCCAAGCUUUUGGGUUGCUUGAUCGAUCAUUUCAGAAGUACCAUAUUAUCUUAACUCUUCCCCAAACUCUCUUCAGAAUGAACUGAAAAGGAAAGUUGUGUAAGUUGAAAGUCAAAUAUGUAUUUGCUGUUCUUAGGAUAUUUUAUUAAUAAAACUGGUAAAAGGUACUGCAGUUGUCUAUUGUUCAUAUGAAGCAUAUGACAACUUUUGUGAUCCAUUUUAGUUUGAAAGGAAAUGUCUGACUGCAUUUUGUUUUGUAUGGGUAGCUGUAUUACAUGUGAAAAGCCAGUAAUCACCCACUAACUGAACACCUGUCAAAUGACCUUCACAUUUGUUUCUUUUUUUGUUCUUAUGUUACAUCAGGGAUGCAUCACAUUUAUCUAUUUAUUUUCAAUAAAAAGAAAAUAACAAAAAAAUGUUGCACUUGA